UGAACAUUUUGUGAAGCGUUGAGCACUGGGUAUAAAGGCACAGUCAGUGACCGUGCAACACACUUCAAUGAGAAGGACAUGCUUUUGCUAAUUGGGGUGAAUGUGUGUGGCCCUCAGGGGUAAAUGUGGUUUUGGGUGUGUGUGUGUGUGUGUGUGUGUGUUGGAGUUAAUGAUCUAUGGCCUCGGUAUAAAAUGCAAGGAGACUUGGAAGUUUGGCUACUGAGUACCACUCAGGUAUGCUUACAUCUCAGUCGCAAUCUGGCAAAACAUAAACGUUUUCCUCCCAGAUUUCUUCAUAAAACUCCCCGGCGCUGAGUGAUUGGCUUUUUUUGGCAGCUGAAGGUGUAACAGGGAAAGUCGCGCUUAAAUGCUCGAGUUUUAUGUGAUAGUAAAGUUGGGUUAGGACUUGGAAGCGCCGUCUUUGAGUGUGGGACGCUGGAAAGUACGCGAUGGGGCCGUGGCAGACAAUACCCCUCUGUUUAGCGAAUGGAGCCAGCUGCGGACUGCUUGCCAAAGCCAGGGGAGGACUUCAUGAAGUAAACUGCGUGUCAGGGACAGUGCGCGACUGGCUGAAGCUAGGCAGACAUCUUCUGUUUACAUGCAUCGGACCUGGAAGUGCAUUUCUGGCCCCCGCCCCUGGCCAACCUUCUGAGGGGACAGAGGAGCAGAUGUGGACGGCUCGGUUUGAAGGCUUUGCGACCCUUCUUGCAGGAUGGACAGAGAGCAGCUCCUCCCCCACGCUGAUGCGAAGGAAUGACAGGCAGCCUCCUCCCCUGAUGACCGCAUCAUGGAGCUGAAAGUGUGGGUUGAUGGUGUCCAGCGGAUCGUCUGCGGGGUCACCGAGGUCACCACCUGUCAGGAAGUGGUCAUCGCUCUCGCACAGGCCAUAGGACGAACCGGUAGAUACACGCUGAUUGAAAAAUGGAGGGAAACAGAGCGACACCUGGCUCCCCACGAGAACCCCAUUGUGUCGUUGAAUAAGUGGGGGCAGUAUGCUAGUGACGUUCAGUUGGUCCUGAAACGCACUGGCCCCUCCCUGAGCGAGCGGCCCACGUCUGAUGGCGUGGCACGUGGACCAGAGAGAGGCCUGUAUCGCCAGAGCCUGCCCCCACUGGCUAAGCUCCGUCCAUCCACUGACCGCUCACUCAAACGCAAGGAACCCAAGAGGAAGUCCCUCACGUUCACAGGCGGAGCCAAGGGCCUGAUGGACAUCUUUGGGAGAGGCAGGGAGGCGGAGCAUAAGCAGAGAGGACCGAAUGGCGGGGGCGGGAAUGGUGGCAUCGCGGUGCCUAGGCCCGAGGACCUGGUCCGCCUGGUGCAACUACAGAAGGAGAAGCUCCAGAUGUUGGAGCAGAAGCUAGAGGCCCAGGAGGAGGAGCUGCAGGGCUGGGCGGAGCGAAGCGCCGGAGGGGGUGGGGCUGGAAGCCUGGAGGAAGAGAUGAUCUGGCUGGAACAGCGUGUGCGCAAGAACGAUGUGGAGAUUGAGGAGGAGGAAUUCUGGGAAAACGAGCUGCAGAUCGAGCUAGAGAACGAGAAGCAGCUGAGGGAGCAGCUGCUGGACCUGCGGCGGCGCAUCCAGCACUGCGAGGGCCAGCUGGGUGACUAUUCCUCCCGUAUCCAGAACAUGGAGACCGGCAUCGAGGCAGAGCGCCUGCAGCAGGAGAUGCAGGAGACGCAGCAGGUGAACGAGGAGGAGGUGCAGGCCAAGCUGCUGAAGGUGAAGGCCGAGCUAGACGUACAGAUGCAGCAGACAGCCAGAUUGGAGAGCAGCUGCAGGGCAGUGGAGAGAUCACUGGGCCAGUCCAGCAAGAGGCUUCAGGAGAAGGAACAGGAGCUGGAGCAGCUGACCAAGGAGCUUCGGCAGGUCAACCUCCAGCAGUUCAUCCAGCAGACGGGCACCAAGGUCACCGUGCUGCCGGCCGAGCCCGGCGAGGAGGAGGACCCCGGCCCGGGCGGCGAGACCCCAGACCUGAUUCCCCAGUCUGGCUCCCUAAAACGUCCAGGAUCCUCCAGACAGUUGCCCAGCAACCUGCGCAACCUCCAGAACUCCCUGUCUUCCGGAUUCAACCCCGAGGGCAUAUACGUCUGACCCACCUGGAGAUCCACAGUCACCAUGAAGCCCGUCCACCUAUCCUGUGCUGCAGGUGGGCGGGGAAUGGCUGUCAGUCAAGUGGGGUGCAUUUUCAUUGGCUAAUGUGAGCAACAACAACAAAAAAAAAACAAUGGCACUAAAAGGUGACACCUCUCCCUUCUGCUGCACCCCAUCUCCAUGCGAAUCACUUUUUCCUCCAGAAUGAAACUGCCUUGCAUUGCAGAGUGUGGUGACUAUGGACACAUGAGAAAUUGGUGCGUCAUGAUUGGACGGAAUAUGUCACAUGUCUUCCUCUUCUGCGAUGCAUCUGACGAAUGUUCUCAAAGUGUUGGAACAAAACACCGACUUAUAUAUUCAGUAUUACCUAUAAUUGAGUCCUUUUAUUAAUUAUGUUAAUUUGUGACUACUCUGUAGGUCACAUACAGAACCAUAGCCACUGCUGAAGUAUUGAAGUAUCUACAGUGGCUGUUACAUAAUGUUCUGUCCUGCAUUAUAUGGACUGGGAAGGCAGUCAGUGAACAUGCAGUUAAGUUUUCCAUUGCGUAGGAUCAGUAUUACGAGGACGAUGCUUCUGCCUCAUUUCUGUCCAUAAAAUCGGGAGUGUCUGUUUUUGGGGGGACCUUCCUCUGAAGUACUCCUUUGAAGAAGGUCAAUGUACGUCUGCGUCAGGCAUCCGAAUGGCCGAAUUAGAGGUUUGAGUCUUGGAUAUGCUGACUUUAUAUGUGAUUUUCAGGCUGAUGUUGGGUCUAAGCCAUUGGUCAGGCUGUAAUAAUUCUCUUAUGUUUUUGAAGCUGGAAAGUGAGUGAUCUGACUGUGAGCAGGAUCUCUGGUGUCGUCUAUAAAGAGGAAAGUGGGAUUAUGCUAGUGAAACACUAAGGAAGAAAUGCAUCUGCGAAGCAUUUGGAUGCUAAUUCACGAUGAAACAUCACCUUUUUUGGGUUAUUAGUUUACUUUGUAACAUAUAGUUUCCUCUCUGCACAUGACAGAGACAUAUAAGGAAUCGUAAGGCUGUAUGUUUGCACACUCCUUUUUAUAUACUGUAGCAUCAUUAACCCUGUUUUUGAUUAUUUUUAAUAUUCCGAAUGUUUCGUAGCUGGAAUCGUAUCUAUUUUUCUUUUUUCGUAAAUGAGCAACUAGAUGUGCUACCAAGGCAUACGGCACGUUGAGCUAAGAUCCCAUGGGACCGCGAGGGAGCUGAACGUGCAGCAGACAGUCCGCUCUUAGUGCCACGAAGACACGAUAACAGGGGUCAGGAUAGAGCCAUCUGCCGAAUUCAAUAAGAUGGAAUUUUAGGUGAGAUUUCGUAGAUAGACAGGUGAGCUGCGAGUCACAGAUUAUGCUACAGAAUCAUUCUGGAAUGACAGCAUGCGCUCGUUCGGUCUGUCGCUGAACUGAACGUUAAUUAGUACUUAGUAAAUGAGUGAUGGUUCCGGAACCUCGGGGUGGGGCUUUGUAAUAUUCUGAGAGCAUGGGCUCAGCUAUGUGAUGGCGGGAUUUUCUCCGGCAUCUCAAGACCCUGCUUACCUGCAGAACCUUCUGUGAAAUAGUGUUCCAGUGUUCGGGUCGUCUGUAUUCGUCUCCGGUUCGGACCGGGCUGACACAGAGACCUGACACGGCGCCGAAAGCGAUGCUUUGAUCUGUGGUGUACCUACGUCUGUUAUCAUUUGAAUCAUGAAGGAAAACCGUGCAUUAACAAAAACUACCAAAACAUUACGCAGAUAUGACGGAAUGCAUGAUUUAUUACGUAAAACCCUGUAAAUAACAAAAAAAAUUGACCACAUAGUAUUCAAAAUAUUUUUGAACAUGUGUAAAGUAGUACAUACUUCUGUACAGCUUAUAUGGAUUUUAACUUUCUUAUGAUGCCACGUUUUAAGCAGCUUGAAGCAACAGCUGGAGAUUCCGAGGUUUUAAGCAUUUUUUGAAUCAAGAGACUGAAAAUAUGAGCGUAAAAGUUCAUAUAAAAGCACCACUUUGCACUGUUGAAAGUGCAUUAUAUACAGUGUAUAGUUUGGUAAAUGCUACUUUUUCUUGUGUUGAAGAUUUUUUUUUUCUAACAAAAGUGUAUCAUUGAAGUGAUUAUGUAAAUACACAUUUUUUUCCAAGAAAGGUGUUCGCCUAACAUUUCCUCAUAUGAUUUUGUGCUUUUACACCAAAGAACACAUAAACUGUGGUCCAAAGAUAAAGCGAUUGGUUCUGAGCCGCCCAGCUUUUUUUGUUCAGCACAAGUAAACAAAGUCGUCAUUCGCAAAACACGAGGAAUCCUUUAUACGCCCCUAGAUUUCUUUUCCUCCUAUACAUCAACCCAAGGUCCCAUUUCCUGUUCCACCUUUGUGACCUCAGCAAAUUGGACUUGACUGAGUUGUAACAAAAUGCAAGGAGUUCGUGAUUUUCUACCAUAAAAUGGGCUGAAAUUAGUGUAGGUCAUAAAUGAUUUUAAUAGUUCACUUAUUUCACUGUUUAGGGAUUCUAAAUGUCAGUUACAGCUGAUUAGCAGAAUACUUAAGUACCAUUUAUUGCAAAUACUUUUCUUAAAAUGCAUAGAAUAAGACUAAGUAGGCUUUUGUAUUACAAAUUCUAAAAGCACACUUUGAAUAUGUCCCCUCACACAGUCCUAUAGAAAUUAUGUAUUAAAUUGCAGGGAAAAUCCAAUCAACACCUUCAGAAAGACUAAUUAAGAGCCCAGCUGGAAAAUAAAAAAAGAAAGAAAACAAACAUGGAAACGCUGGACCAUUCCAAUGUGAACCGAAUUCCACAUUCCCCUGUCGUUUUCCUGUCAGUGUGAAUGUAGUGUAUCCUAGGAGACCCGUGACGUACAUCUGCUGCUGUGCAACAGCUCAGUAGUUGCAAGCUAAGCUACUAAAUGUGUUCAACAGGAAAAUCAGUAACACUGCUCCUCUCCUGCACAAAAAAACUUCAUAUAAGGUAUGUUGCUGAAUAUUUUUCUCCACUAAUUUCAGAAGAAAUGUGUUUGACUGUUUUCCCAGCCUGUAACUUGCUGAUGAAGUAUGAAAUAUAAUAAAAUUAAACCACUGACAAA